UUUCUUCUCCAAAUCGAACAAAACCAAACACCUCUAUUUCGCUCCUCUUCCUUCUUUUACAGUUACCUCCAUCUCCCGAUUGAUUAUUAAUCUGUAGACUAAAGGAUCUAGCCAAGAUACAUCAACACCAAAGAUACAAAUAAUCCCCCAAAAUCCUUCUCUGUCUACACCUAAUACUCCCCGUAAAUAAAUUCUAAAACCCUAAAAUCCUUGACGGCUUCAGCAAGAUAGUUUAUUAAAUCCUUCAGGAAUUGUAAUGGUGUUGCAAAACGGGAUUAAGCUUGCUUCUAGUCUUAUUUAUGCAAACUUUGCUGAUCUUGUUGGUAAAGUAUGUGAUUGUCUAUUGCGUAAGGGAGCCUUAACCCUUCCUGAAUUGACUCGAUUCAUUGAGCUUCCAACUCAACAAGUAAAGAAUUGUCUUCUAGUCUUGAUUCAACACAACUGUGUCCUAGAUUACUCUGUUCAAAAAGAAGGUGGUAUUGGAGAGCAAGAUAAAUGGGUAGUUCAUUAUGCUGCACUCUUUGAUAACAUACUUCAUCGGAUGAGGUUCACCAAAUUCCUAGCUAUGGUAGCUGAGGAGCUGGAUAAAGAGUGUAAAGAACUUUUUGAGGGUUUAGUGCAACAUGGUAGGCUGUCUUUGGAACAACUUAUAUUACGAGCAAUACCGGAGCCAGACCAAGGAAAUAUUGCUCUUCAGGAUGGUAUACGUGCAAGCUUUGUUAAACUUGUUGAUGCGCACUAUGUGGAGCGUUGUCCAGAUUUUAAACCCUCGAUUCCGAUACCACCUCAAGAUGGAACCACUUCUACAGCGAGACGCGGUGCAAAGUCGUCUAAGAUUGCGGACCAAAGAGAGAAGACACAAGAACAACAGGCUAUCGCUAUGGCAACUUGUUCUGAAGGAAGAAGAUUUGAUAUUACGAUGAACUAUGGAACUGAUGUUAAGUCUGGAGCUAGAAUUGAAGGAAAUGCUCCAAUAAGGAUUGGCGAAAAGCGUAAGCAUGAGGAGAUAGAGAGUGAACAUGAUUGGGAGAAAAAAGAUCUUUGGCGUGUAAAUUUUGACGAGUUUGUACGCCGACUUAGGCACAAGGCUUGCGUGACAAGUGUGAGAUCACAACUAGAUGAGGGAGCUGGUACUGUGUUAAACGCAAUUCUGGAGACAACGAGAAGGGCGGAGAAAAAAGUUAAAACAGAAAUUACAGAUCCAUUAUCAAUAAAUACUAUUUAUCAAGAGGUGAUAAAUCGUGAAGAAGGUCGUACCAUGGACUUGGAACAUGUUAGAACUGCUCUUGUCCAAUUGGAAUGUCGUGUCGAGAAAGAGGCUUAUCGUGUUGAUUUGAAGAGCAUUAUUGAAACAGCUCAAAACAUGGAGGUAGAAUCUAUUGUCGAGAAAAGAUAUGGGGAAUAUGCAUGUCGGAUUUACAGAUAUCUGUCAAGGACCGGCCAUCUAGCUGAAACAGAUAAGAUUGCGGAUACGACCUUUCUUGAAAAGCAGGAUGCACUAAAAUUAUUGUACACUUUGUGGGAGAAUCGCUACUUGGAAAAGGAGAAAAUAAUUUUGAGUGGACCUACGCAAGCGCAAAAAAUGCUGUGGAAAGUGAUUAAGUGUCCCUUGUGGGAAAUCGUUCUUGAUGAGAUGCAUCAUGCUGCCUUAAAUCUGAACCAGCGGAUGGCUUAUGAGCUUGAACAAGAAAAUGAGAUUCGACAACUACCAAAGGAGAAGCGGGUGGGUGAGCUUGGUAAAAGAUUUGAACGCAUACGGAGAGUUAAGAUACUUAUGGAAUCAUCACUAAUGAAGCUGGAUGAUGCUAUAAUGCUGUUCCAUGAUUUUUAACAAGCUCUUGCCAUUGUUUUAACAACCCGAGGUUUUCAUCAAAUAUUUUGAGUAAUUUUGUAUAUGGGUUGACCUAGGAUUUUACCAAUGGUAUGACUGUUUUCUAUAUUCAGGAUUUUACCAAUGGUAUGACCAUAAAUUACACACUACUGUAUGCAACUUUAAAGAGUAAAUGCUCUUGGCUGCCAUAUGGAUUGGGACUUUAAACUCAAUGAACUGUCUGAUAAUAUGCUCUUGUGAGGAAUUUUGAAUUCA